AUGGCAGGGCCUUCAACAAAACGCCGCCGGGCGAGUAGUACGGAAAGGGAUGACGCCACGGCAAAGUCCGCUAAAAUACCAGCAUCACUUUCACACCCAAUUAGUCCUCCAAGGAAAAAGAGAGGCUGUGAGCGCAAUCUCAUUCCAUCCCCGAUCCGGCUUACCACUAUCAAAGACCUUCCCGAAGAGUCAAAUACCGGGGCCAUCUCGCUUCAUGAUAUCCUAGGCGAUCCCCUGAUAGCAGAGUGUUGGGAAUUUAAUUUCAUGCAUGAUGUCGAUUUCCUCAUGAGCCACUUUGAUGAAGACAUAAGGUCUCACGUUAAAGUCCAUAUCGUCCAUGGGUACUGGAAGAGGAACGAUCACCAAUCUUCUAAGUAUCAAAAUGUCACCCUUCAUACAGCAUACAUGCCAGAAAUGUUCGGCACUCACCACUCCAAGAUGAUCAUACUCUUCAGACAUGACUUUACAGCACAGGUCAUUAUACAUACGGCCAAUAUGAUUCCAAAGGACUGGACGAAUUUGACCAACGGCGUUUGGCUGAGCCCUCUACUCCCUCGUCUCACCAGGUUGCCUAAGCCCUCGGAAAUAGAUUUGCGCGUUGGCUACGGCGCGAGAUUCAAAGCCGACUUGUUAAAUUAUUUGCGAGCCUACAACACCAGAAGACCGCUAUGCGAGUCCAUGAUCAAUGAACUAGAGAAAUACGACUUUAGCGCCGUGCGGGGGGCAUUGGUUGCCAGCGUACCCGGAAAACAUGAUAUUGUUAUUGACGACGACGACCCUACGGAAACGCCCUGGGGGUGGGCGGGUUUAAAACACACCCUCAGCUCCGUCCCUUGUGAGCCGGGGAGAUCGGAGAUCGUGGUGCAAAUAUCGUCCAUUGCGACUUUGGGCCCUACGGACACCUGGCUAAAGCAAAUCCUAUUCAACGCAUUGUCGUCUUCGAGAGCGGGCCUGUCCAAGCCUGAAUUCAAGAUCCUAUUUCCUACUCCUGACGAGAUAAGACGUAGCCUGGACGGUUACGCUUCCGGCGCGUCGAUACACAUGAAGAUACAAUCAGCUUCUCAGGCGAAGCAGCUUCAAUACCUGAAACCCAUGCUUUACCAUUGGGCUAACGAUUGCGAGAAAGGGAUACUCGAAGAGGGCGAAAUCCGAGAUGCAGGACGGAAUCGUGCCGCGCCGCAUAUAAAGACGUAUAUCCGGUACAACGAGAAGAAGUCUAUCGACUGGGCCUUGCUCACGUCCGCCAACCUCUCCAAGCAAGCCUGGGGCGAAGCCGCCAACGCUGGGGAGAUGCGGAUUUCCUCGUGGGAGAUGGGCGUGCUGGUAUGGCCCGAAUUAUUUGCGCAGGGAGCCAAGAUGGUUCCCACUCUCAAAACAGACAUGCCUUCGAAGGACGACCUCGAGGGCGACGAGCCUCUGGUAGGUUUAAGGAUACCGUAUAGCCUGCCUCUGCAGAAAUAUGCAAACGACGAGGGUCCAUGGGUAGCUACGGCAAAGUAUACGGAACCUGAUUGUAUGGGUCAGACUUGGAAUGGCUAG